AAGUAAAAAUCUUGUAUCAAAGAGCAUCAUGUCCACAAAGUCAAAUACUAUAUUCCUUAUGUGCUGUCUUGUAGCCUCUGCUAUAAGUAAGAUUCCUGUUUCUCUCAAGAUGGGCUGUCAACAGUCUACUACUUCUGCUGUUGAUUGUUCCUUUCAGUUCACUAAUGUGGUAGAUGAAGACUACUAUCUCCUCAAGCGUGACACUCCUCUUGAAGGACUCCGCUCUCCUUUUGUCUCUGUAUCUCAUGAUGGUGUUUCUCUUCAAUAUGAAGGAUACCUUUUUUAUAGUAUGCCUCCUCUGAAAGAUGAAUUCAUUCUCCUAAAGGCAGGAGAAAGUGUAACAGCAACAGCUCAAAUUAACAAUAUCUUUACUUUUUCUUCUGAUGGAAUGUACAACAUACGAUACAAUAAACCACUGAAGGUUUUGUUAAAAGAUAAAAUGGAGCUGCAGUCUGACUCAGAGAACAUAGAAGAGGUAGAUCUAAUGAAAGUAGAAGUUAGUGAGUCUGUUGAUAUUCAAUUGGAGAACACUGACCUUCUCUCACGUCCAGUCAAAGAAGAGGUCAAAGAAGGUGAUGAGGUGUACAGUCAAGCUUGCAAUAAUAUAUUUCAGUUUGUUGGUGGAAAUUCAAAUGCUCGUGAUGAUACUCGUCUAGUUCAUGACAUGUUAUGUGAUGGCCUUCUCCGUGCAAGAAAUAAUGUCCGUAGAUCCCCUUUGUACAGAAGAUGGUUUGGGGAUUUUAAUCGAAGACGUGCAAAUGUUGUGAGGUCAAUUUUACAAAAAAGUCAUGACAAGAUUGCAUACAACCGUUUAACUUAUGACUUUACUGGAGAUGAAUGCACUGGCAGUAAUUUUGCAUACACAUGCUUUCACAGUAAUGUAGUCUUCCUGUGUGACCUGUAUAUUGGACAUUCAGCAUUCUGCGGUUCUGCUAUGUAUAAUAAAGAAAGGACACUGGCACAUGAGUGGACUCAUGCUGGAGGCAAUACAUGGGAUCAUAUUUAUGGAUCAGCUGAGAGUCAACAACUUGCUACUGACGAACCUGACAAAGCUGUUGAUAAUGCUGAUAAUUAUUCAUUCUUUUACUGUCGACGGUAGAUCCAGUUAGACAUGCCGGCAAGAAUUAAUAAUAGGCCAUUUUGUAACAAUGCAUGCAUUUAGCCAUUUUUGUUAAAAAUAUUGCUGUAGGCUAUUUUUGGAAUUGCAGAUAAUGAAUUAACAGAAAGAUAAA